AUGUCUGCAUCGGACUCCAGCCCGGGCGAGCAGCCCCGGCUCGUGCAGGCGGCGGAGGAUGCGGAGCUGCUGCGGGAGAUGGAGGAACUGCGCUCGGAGAACGACUAUCUCAAGGAUGAGUUAGAUGAGCUCCGUGCUGAGAUGGAAGAGAUGAGAGACAGUUACUUGGAGGAAGAUGUUUACCAGCUGCAGGAGCUUCGGCGAGAACUGGACCGUGCUAAUAAAAACUGCCGAAUCCUGCAGUAUCGCCUCAGGAAAGCCGAGCAGAAGAGCCUGAAAGUUGCGGAGACGGGUCAGGUGGAUGGUGAGCUUAUCAGAAGCCUGGAGCAGGACUUGAAGGUAGCCAAAGAUGUAUCUGUCAGAUUGCACCAUGAACUUGAGACGGUGGAGGAAAAGCGUGCUAAAGCUGAAGAGGAAAACGAAACUCUCCGACAGCAGAUGAUUGAAGUGGAAAUAUCCAAACAGGCCCUGCAGAAUGAGCUGGAGAGGCUGAAGGAG